AUGUGGCUAUUCGCUGGCUCAUCACCCCAUCGUCCCCCUCUUACGACCAUUCGAUUCGAUUCGAUCUUCUCCCAGUCAAGCCAAUCCAUCCCCUCGCGACUUUCAUUCCGAACAGGCUGUCUCGCUCAUUGGGGAGGGGGAGUUCUUGGCGCAGCUCAAGGCAGCUUCUCUCCUCCUCGUCGACAAUUUGCCGGCCUGAGUCCUGCCUACUGUUACUGUAUCAUGGCAACCCGAGGCAUCGGCGACGCGUGGCUUCCCUCUUCUCUCGAAGCCGCCAGAAUCACUUCGCUUCCGUCGACGGCCUAUUAUUUGCCCAACUUUAUCAGCGAGGAAGAAGAGCGCUUAAUUCUUGAUAGAAUCGCCGCUGCUCCUCGUCCGCGAUGGAAGCAGCUCACGCAUCGACGUCUACAGACCUGGCCGUCCGAUCUCGUCCAGAACAAGCUCCUCGAUGCGCCGCUGCCUUCCUGGCUUGAAUCACCCGUAGUAUCACGCUUACUGUCCCUCCCGCUCUCCGACGACGGCCAAGGCAACAAUGUCAGACACAUCUUCGCUGAGAGCCCCCACCAGCGCCCGAAUCACGUCCUCAUCAACGAAUAUCCUCCCGGUAUUGGUAUUAUGCCGCAUAAGUUAAGUAUUAUGGCAAAAGAUGGCGCUGCGUACUGGCCCGUCGUGUGCACCGUCAGCCUCGGCGCAAGCCUCUGUCUGAACCUGUACCGCAGCAAAGAGGACGGCGCCCUUGAUCCCGAGCCUGCCUGGCGCAUUAUCCAAGAACCUCGUAGUCUUCUCAUCACUACAGACACUCUCUACACAGACUACCUGCAUGGGAUAUCCGACACUAAGGAGGACCUUGAUCUUUCCGCCGAUACGAUUGUGAACUGGUCCUUACUUCGAGAUGCCGAGGCGUUUGCCAGCGGUCGAAAUCCGAGGCAGACCCGCACCAGCCUCACGUACCGCGACGUCCUCAAAGUUUCCAAAGUCGGAGCCAAACUAGGUCUUUUCAACAAGCGAUAA